AACCAAGGCAGCAUUUGUGGUGAGUUCACUGGUGCCAAAUGGAGUGGCUGAGCGUGGUGGCGAACUCUUCCCUGGUGACCGUCUGGUCUUUGUAAAUGACAUGUGUUUGCACAAUACUACUCUGGCAGAAGCUGUAGAGGUGUUGAAAUCUGUGCCACCAGGAAAAGUUCACCUUGGGAUCUGUAAACCUUUGAUGGGAGGAAAUAAUCAGCAGGGGACCUCUUCUACUGUGGAUCCCAAGGGUAUUGCCAAAAGUUUUGUAUUUCAAGAACCAAUCAAUGAUGUGAACUCAUCAAUAUGCCUUGAAGUUCCAAAGGACUUCAGAGCUGAAUCUUUCUCUAGAGAGGAACUUGUGGAUGAACCGAUCCUGCAUUUGGGGAGGCAGUUUCAGCUUGCACAGAAUGAGAUGGAUGCUGAUAAGGAGUCCUGGGAAAUGCAUGAGUUUUUGAAGCCUGCAGAGGCUCAUCUUGGUGAAGAACGGGAGAUGCUGGUGGAUGAUGAGUAUGAUCUGGAUCAGGAUUAUUUAGGCUAUAUUCCACCAGGUGUAAAAGAGCCGGCUGCAUCUAGUGAGAUCCACGUUGAGACUGGAAGGCAUUGGGCAAAGGAACUAGAACCUCCUACCAUGGAAGAACUAAGUUCUGACAUGGGCCUUGGUGCUACUAAAGAGAAGGCUAAAGAAAAUGGAAUUAACAGUUCAGGGUUCCCUGGAGCAUCAGAGUACAGCCAACCAAAUACUAUCUUGGAUGGCCAUGGAAUGAGUGCCAAGAUGCAAAAUGACAUGAAAGCUCCUCUAUGUGUUGAUGAUGAUCAUGACAGAAAUAACCUGAAGACUGAAAAUUGUGACCAUUCCAGUGCCCUGGAUUCUGCCUCCCUUCUACUAGGGCUGCCAAGUGAAUUGCCUGAGAGAGAAGAAGGAGAAGGAGAAGAAACUCCAGUUUUCAGUCACUGGGGAACACCGCAAACUGUUGAAAUUUUUCGAGAACCCCAUGUGCCACUUGGCAUCAGUAUUGUUGGCGGACAUACAGUUAUAAAACGCUUAAAGAAUGGAGAAGAACUUAAAGGUAUAUUUAUCAAGCAAGUCUUGGAAGACAGCCCAGCAGGCCGAACAAAAGCUCUCAAAACUGGGGAUAAAAUACUUGAGGUGUCUGGAACAGACCUGCAGAAUGCAACUCAUGAAGAAGCUGUGGAAGCCAUAAAAAAUGCAGGCAACCCCAUAGUGUUUGUUGUUCAGAGUUUGUCUACUCUUCCAAGGAUAGUUUCCAUUGUGAACCCCAAGAAAAAUAAGGACCACAAAGUUCAAGACCCAGAGGGAGACUGUGGAAAGAAAAGUGAAACUCCACCGCCCAUGAAAUUGCCACCUCCUUACAAAGAAAAGUCCCGCUCUGAAGAGACGGAGGAAGAGGAGGAGGAGGAAGAAGAUGACACUUACACAGAUGAAAAAAUCAGGCAAAGAUAUGCAGAUCUGCCCGGGGAAUUGCACAUUAUUGAACUUGAAAAGGACAAGAAUGGACUUGGACUCAGCCUGGCUGGCAACAAGGACAGGUCUCGCAUGAGCAUCUUUGUCGUGGGCAUCAGUACAGAUGGCCCUGCAGGGAAAGAUGGAAGAUUACACACUGGAGAUGAACUUUUAGAGAUAAAUAACCAGAUCUUGUAUGGAAGAAGUCACCAGAAUGCUUCUGCAAUCAUUAAGACGGCACCAUCAAAGGUCAAGCUGGUAUUUAUACGCAAUGAUGAUGCAUUUAACCAGAUGGCUGUUGCUCCUUUCCCAUUACCCUCCAGCUCCCAGUCUUCCAUUGAGGACCACAGUACCACCGAAUCUGCAAGUGGUGAAGAAGAUACCAGUUGGGAAUUUCUUACAAAAAGCUCAACGGAUGAUGUGUACACUAAACUAGAUGUCGGUGCCAAGCUUGACAAGCAGGUGAUAGAGAACCAGCAGAUAACAGCAGAGCAACCUACAGAAAAUUUUCGUAACCAAUUAAAGCAAUCAAAGUCUUCAGCAGUAAUCCCUAUCAGUCUACACAAGAUAUCCUUGGCUCCGGCACCUUCUUAUUCUCCAGAGACAGAGUUCACCAGCAGAAGUGGCUUUCCGCUUCCUCUGGUGGAUCCAGCGACAUGCCCAAUAGUUCCUGGACAAGAAAUGACUAUAGAAAUCUCCAAGGGGCGAUCAGGCCUUGGUCUCAGUAUUGUAGGAGGAAAGGAUACACCACUUGAUGCUAUUGUUAUACAUGAAGUGUAUGAAGAAGGAGCAGCGGCUAGAGAUGGCCGACUUUGGGCUGGUGAUCAAAUCCUUGAGGUUAAUGGCAUAGACUUGAGGAAUGCCAGCCAUGAAGAUGCUAUAACAGCCUUGAGACAGACGCCUCAGAAAGUACAACUGGUUGUGUAUAGAGAUGAAGCUCAUUAUAAAGAUGAAGAGAAUUUGGAAAUUUUCCAUGUAGACUUACAAAGAAAAAUGGGCAGAGGCUUAGGGCUAAGCAUUGUUGGGAAACGAAAUGGAAGUGGAGUAUUUAUCUCUGACGUCGUAAAAGGAGGAGCCGCUGACCUUGAUGGGAGACUAAUUCAAGGGGAUCAGAUCUUGUCUGUCAAUGGGGAGGAUGUAAGGCAUGCGUCACAAGAGGUGGUUGCUACAAUUCUUAAGUGUGCCCAAGGGCUUGUACAACUAGAGAUUGGACGACUGAAAGCUGGAUCUUGGCUGUCAUCACGGAAGACAUCUCAAAACAGUCAGAUAAGCCAACACAGUGUUCAUAGCCACUUUCACCCUACAUUUGCUCCAGUUAUCUCCACUUUACAGAAUUUUGUCAGCACUAAGAGGUCGUCUGCUGAUUCCUCUCACAGAAACUCAGUUGGGACAGAUAUGAGCCCGAGGACUGUGGAAAUAACAAGAGGUCCAAAUGAUGCUCUUGGUAUCAGCAUAGCUGGGGGCAAAGGAAGCCCAUUGGGAGACAUUCCAAUCUUCAUUGCCAUGAUUCAAGCCAGUGGAGUAGCAGCACGUACACACAAACUAAAAGUUGGCGAUCGGAUUGUCAGUAUUAAUGGGCAGCCUUUGGAUGGGCUGUCUCACGCUGAUGCAGUUAAUCUACUGAAGAAUGCUUUCGGGAGCAUUAUCCUGCAGGUUGUAGCUGACACCAACAUCAGUGCCAUCGCCAGCCAGCUAGAGAGCAUGACUGCUAGCACUAAUUUUAGCCCACCUACAGAAAACCAUCCUGAAGACCCAGAAUCACCUCAGCCUAAGAUUAUUGUGUUGGAGAAAGGCUCAGAUGGAUUGGGAUUUAGUAUUGUAGGGGGCUAUGGAAGUCCCCAUGGAGACCUCCCUAUUUAUGUCAAGACCAUUUUUGCAAAGGGAGCAGCUGCAGAUGACAGCAGACUGAAGCGUGGCGAUCAGAUUUUAGCAGUUAAUGGAGAGACUCUGGAAGGCGUGACUCAUGAGCAAGCUGUAGCAAUUCUGAAGCGCCAGAAAGGGACUGUAACACUAACAGUGUUGUCAUGAGAUUUUGCUGCAAAUUCAAUCUGGGCUGGAUGCAAUUUGUUUCUGAGCAUUGCUAGAGCUGCUAUAAAACAAUCCUGUGUGGGAUGAAAACCCAACUCUGUCUAAAUUUAGCACACCAUUAAUCAUGUUGCCUGUGCUGUUUACAUCCAUUGUAGAUGUUCGUUUUGCCUAGUCAUUGAAACUAAUUGUGAAAUCCUUAAGCCCACCCACCCCCAUUCAUCCCUGGUUUCCUUUGAAUGUGCUUCCUGGCUCCUGCUUUGCCCAGAACUGCCAUCAACCAAUAGGAAGUAAAGUCACUGAAACAAAAAUUAGCUUCUACACAAGAAAGAAAUUAGCUUAUUGUUGGAUCCCAUCUCAUGCACAGAGAUAACUACAGAGUGGCUUUUCAUCUCAUUCAUGGUUUACUUACGUUCGUUCUCCCCCCCCCCCCCAGCCAUUCCAGAAAACAUUAAAAAUGUAAUUCAAUUACUGCUGUUCUAAAUGAUGAAAUAUCAGAUUCUCCCAUGGGAAAUUAAUUGUAAACUGUGUUCUAAUCAUGAAAUGUCAACGCUCCCUGUCUAAUCUCUCUGGAUAGAUAUUUGUAAGUUAGUGGCAAUCAUGACAAGUCAAUUUCAGCCUCUCCUUAGUUUGUGUGUGCCAUUGUUUUAAAGGCUGGCUCCCAAAAAUUCUUGAGAUGGAUUGGCAUGAGCCUUUUGAAGGGGCUGUCUCGAGGGAGCUGGUUCAGUGAUAAGGGUGGUUUGUACAGUAUAAAGCUUAAUUGCACAGAGGCAGAAGGAAGCACCUUAACUUGAAAUAGGGCUACGCAUUAUUUAUAAUGACAAUAUAGCAAAAUAAACCUGGUGGCUCAAGUUUAAAUUUAUGUAGUACAAUGUCAUUGUCAUCAGUAAACAAAGUGACAAUUUUCUAUCUAAAGCCUGCAAUUCCUGUAGAAUGUAUGUAAACUGUAUGAUACAAUUAGAAUGCAAUAACAUUCAUGUUGAUUGUAUAUGUGCUAAAUUCGUCAAAGGUGACACAGUAAUCAAAGAAAAGGUGGUUUUGUCUCGUUAAGAUUAUUGUCUUUGUUUUAUGUGCUAUGUUUGGAUAUAGCUAAUCACAAAGUGCUUUAAGCUACUGGAAUACUUUCACGGGUGUUCCUUGAAUAGUGCCUGGAAGAAGAUUUUAAAGGAUUUCUACACAUCAGUGUGCAGAUUAAUGCUAGUAAUAUUUCUAAGAAAUGCUAAGAAAAUGUCCCAGGAAGAAAACUGAAGAACACUUUAAAGGCUGGAGGCAUUCUGUUUGAUAAAAUAUGCUGAAGUUCAUACUGCACAUCCGUAAUCAAACUUGAAAAAGCAUUUUAGACUUGUUUAAGGAUUGUGACCAAAAUCUGUUGAUCGUUCUAGUUUAGUUUCGACCAAAAAUGUGUAAUUUGACAGUUCCCAACCAUUCUUUUGAAUUUGACCCCAGCUUUUGCCCUUUUAUGCAUAUGUUUCUGAUAUAAAGAAUGAUGAGCUUCUAUAACUGAGAUAUUUUGCACUCCCUGUGGCUCAAGGCAGAGAUCACAUGAUUGCUGCUUGUAAUUUGCACUCUUCUGUGUGCCACAUAUAGUACUGCCAAAAACUGCAUUGCAACCUGCAACUGAGCUGGUAGGGAAGUAAGUGCUAUAUGUAAAAGAUAAAAAGGCACAAUCUGCUAGGAGGUUCUCCUUGCUUUGAGCCCCGUUGAGAUGAAUGGAAACUGUCUGAACAUGGUGUGGGCAGGGCUUAAGGCAGGAAAGCCUCCCAAUGGAUUGUGCCUCAAUUCUUUUAAUGAAGCCUGCAUUAUGCUUUUUUUUUAGUAUAUGGGCUUUUGGUUUGUUUAAUAAUGCUGAUUUCUGUGAUAUGGGUGGGAGGUAACAAAACAUAUAGUUCAUUUAUGUAUGGCAGUAAAAUAAAAUGUUUUACGACUUCCAAAGAUUUGAAAUAAAAUUCACUUGCAAAAAGU